GCGGUGGCGGCGGCGCCCCCCGGCGGGAGCCGGUCCCUUUCCCGUCGGGGAGCGCGGGGCCGGGGCCCAGGGGACCCCGGGCCACGGAGAGCGGGAAGAGGAUGGACUGCCCGGCCCUCCCCCCCGGAUGGAAGAAGGAGGAAGUGAUCCGAAAAUCUGGGCUCAGUGCCGGCAAGAGCGAUGUCUACUACUUCAGUCCAAGUGGUAAGAAGUUCAGAAGCAAACCUCAGUUGGCAAGGUACCUGGGAAAUACUGUUGACCUCAGCAGUUUUGACUUCAGAACUGGAAAGAUGAUGCCUAGUAAAUUACAGAAGAACAAACAGAGACUGCGGAAUGAUCCUCUCAAUCAAAAUAAGGGUAAACCAGACUUGAAUACAACAUUGCCAAUUAGACAAACUGCAUCAAUUUUCAAACAACCAGUAACCAAAGUCACAAAUCAUCCUAGUAAUAAAGUGAAAUCAGACCCACAACGAAUGAAUGAGCAGCCACGUCAGCUUUUCUGGGAGAAGAGGCUACAAGGACUUAGUGCAUCAGAUGUAACAGAACAAAUUAUAAAAACCAUGGAACUACCUAAAGGUCUUCAAGGAGUUGGUCCAGGUAGUAAUGAUGAGACCCUCUUAUCUGCUGUUGCCAGUGCUCUGCACACCAGCUCUGCACCAAUCACAGGGCAGGUCUCCUCCGCUGCUGUGGAAAAGAACCCUGCUGUUUGGCUGAACACGUCUCAACCCCUCUGCAAGGCUUUCAUUGUCACAGAUGAAGACAUUAGGAAACAGGAAGAGCGAGUACAGCAAGUACGCAAAAAAUUGGAAGAAGCCCUGAUGGCAGACAUCUUGUCUCGAGCUGCUGAUACAGAAGAGAUGGAUAUUGAAGUGGACAGUGGAGAUGAAGCCUAAGAAUAUGAUCAGCUCAAGAAAAACCGCAUCACUCGGUCCUUCGAAGUGCCCCUUGGGCCUCUGUGUCUUUGCACCUGUCAUUCCCUUUGCCUGCCUGUCUACACAGCAAAUUCCCGGUUACUGGCCAAGUCUCAGCUCACUGGCUACCUCCUCUGUGAAGCUGUCCCUGAUUUCUCCAGGCAGAUGUUCUUCCCUCUUCCAAGUCCCCACUGCACUUUGUAAAUACCUCCAUGGAAGCACUUUACUGUAUUGUAUUGUAAAUUUGUUUGCAUGUCUGUUUCUACUUUUAGACUGUAAGCACCGUGAAAGCAGAAAUUGCAUCUUUUCAUCUUAAUGUCCCCAGAGCCUAGCACAGUGCCCAGCACAUAAACAGUUUUGUCAAUAAAUAUUUGUUGAAUGAAUUUGUAAAUGAACAAAGAGUCUUGCAGUUGGACAGGAGUUGCGAGACGUAUGUAUUAUCAAGGAGUGGAGUGCCCCUGGUGGCUUCCAGUGUAUUUCUUUGUUCUAGAAAAGAGAUCUAGAAAGCAUUAUGUAAUCUCUCUGAGUAUAAGAUGACUUGUUUGAAUUUUAAAGAUAAGUUGAAUAAUAUAGAUCUUCGUAAAUGAUUGCAAAAGAUAUCAAAAAGCUUUGUGAUCUCUCAAAUGCUACGAAGUCCAAAAUAAAUAUUUGCACUAUUAGUAUUUCCAUAGUAAAUGCUAUGCGAAAAUGUACAGCAAUAAAUUUUGAAGCUUUAAAAA